AUGUCAGCAGCUUAUGUGGUUAAACAGAUUGCAGAAGAAUUCGGAAAGCACGAAACGAAUCAGGUGGAAUUAGUAAUGGAAAAUCUUCAUCUGUUCUCUAACGGAAUUUUUUCAAAUGUUUACAAGGGAUUGCUCAGAUACCCACAGCAUCGAUUGAUAGCUGUUAAGAAGUCAUGGUCAGAUCAGAGUGAGCUAGUUUUUGGUUUGGAGGAAUCAAUGGAGGUGCAAAUUUUAAUGAUGUUGAACCGUAUGCAUCACAAAAAUAUUGUUCAACUGUUGUAUAAAUUCAGCCAAUCAUAUCCUGAUCAAAAGAUAUGUACGGCAUUGGUGUUUGAAUUUUUUCCAAUGAAUUUGUAUGAGGUUCGGGAACGGUACGGUCCUCUAAGCAUUUUGGAUAUCAAAUUGUAUAUUUGGCAGUUAUUCCGUGGACAAGCGCAUUUGGAAAAAAACAAUGUCUGUCACAGAGACAUAAAACCACAAAAUUUGCUGGUAGAUCAUAAGAGUGGAAUGCUUAAAAUUACCGAUUUUGGAUCCUCAAAAAUAAUACAUGACAAAGCAACGACAUCACAUCACUAUCAUGUGACCAGAUAUUAUCGUGCACCAGAACUUAUUUUGGGUUCUAUUCGAUACCGAUGCGAAAUUGAUCGAUGGUCAUGCGGUUGUGUAUUCGGCGAACUUUUAAAAAACCACGUUCUAUUUCCAGGACAAACUACCAACCAACAGCUUAGGCUUGUGAUCAACAUUUUGGGAUACCCGAGUCCGCGUGAUAUCGCAGCGAUGCGAGUGACCAGUGAAGUUCUCCAAAGCGAUGAUUUUCGUGAUGAUAUAAUGAAGAAACCAAACCCUUCUGGUUUCAAAAUGCACAAGUAUUGGUAUAUAACCCGGUCAACCGCUUAUCCGGUCCACGUUUUCUUGAAAACAGCUACUUCAGUGAAUUAUUCGAUCCACACACUAAACGCAACGGACAACGCAUUAAAGUCCUUUCUAAAAAAGAUUUUGAAUGUGCAGUUGCUGGUGACGAAGUGCUGUCGGAAUCCAUUACGACAGAUACCAGUGAAAUGCAAGUACUUCAUAUUAUUCCAUAAUUUCAUCGCCUAAUCCCAC